CUGCUCUCCACAAGAAGAUGGAAAGGAAACACACUUGUUAAUUUCCAGGAAUCAUCACCUCCUUAAAUUUCUUUUUCCUCCACUAGUUGACUUGAUUUAUAAUUUCUAUUCUACCUGCAGUGUGUAUCACGAAUCAGCUAUUUUCCACUCAGCUGUGGUUCCUAUUUUGUGAUACAUAUAAAAGCAGAAGGGGAGAGAGAGAGCUUUGUUUGGGUAUACUAAUUAAAGAAAAUGGAAGGAGGAAGAUCAGGGGUUCAAAAUUACGAGCUUCAGGUUUCCUUCUCGACGCCACAGGGAAUCAACGAAAUGGGUUUUGUCCAGUUCGAAGAAAACCAGGUGGUGAGUUUCUUGGCCGCUUCACAGGCAGCUGCUUCUCAAAUUUCUCUCCCUCUAAACAGCACCGCCGCUGCAGUCACCAACACCACGCCCAUAGGGUUCAGUCAUAACGAACAGGUGGGAACAUUAGAUCCGAAAGCUGUUAAUGAGGAGAAUUGCACUGGGAAUGCUAACGAUGGAAGUAAUUCAUGGUGGAGGAGCUCGGCAUCGGAGAAGAGCAAAAUGAAGGUGAGGAGAAAGCUUAGAGAACCAAGGUUUUGUUUCCAAACAAGGAGUGAUGUGGAUGUGCUAGAUGAUGGUUACAAAUGGAGAAAAUAUGGACAGAAGGUGGUAAAAAAUAGCCUUCAUCCAAGAAGUUAUUACCGUUGCACACAUAGUAAUUGUCGAGUGAAGAAGAGAGUGGAACGUCUGUCGGAGGACUGUCGAAUGGUGAUAACAACUUACGAAGGUAGACACAACCACUCUCCUUGUGAUGACUCAAAUUCAUCUGAACACGAAGGCUUUACUGCUUUCUAGCUAGCUAGCUGCACGUAGCAUCAUAUAUAUAUAUAUAUAUAUAUAUUAAGGAGAGCCAAAUUAGAACAUAUUAUAUAUUGUAAUGAAUAUAGUGCUCUGGUAUUAACUAGUGAUCGACAUCUUAAUUAAUUUGUAUGUAUGAUUUUAGCAAGUCCUCUUUCGCAUAUUUGUGUAAUCAUCUCUUGAAGAUGCAUGAGACUAGUGUACAAUGUGCAUGCAUGUGGAGAGAAAAGGAAUUGAAACAGUAGCAAGAUGUACUCAACAAUUAAUGUUGUUUUUCCUU